GGAUUCUCUACUCUUACAUCAUUCUGUCAAUAAUAUCAUGUUUAUCAGAGAUGUAACCUACUAACUUCUGCUGCAUUUGUUGUACGGUAAGCACAUUAGAAACGAGGUUAGAUUGGGGCAGUCAGUGCCACUAUACCUCUGUUGCACAAUGCAGGAAUUCUGUAAAGGAUUGAAACCUCUUGGUUCUAGUUUCAAAAUUUUCAACCAAACAUGCCCUCAAUCAGCACAUGUGAGAAUAGAGACGAGUGAAUCUGCAUGGAAGAUUUGCGAGUUUGACUAGGGUGCUCCAUGUGAGCUUUAUUUUUGAGCUCAAGCACAAGCUUGAGCCUAGUUCAAUUAAACAUUUUAAGUACUCAAGUUUGAAAAGCUAAAAUUAGCUAGCCUAAAUUUGAGCUUGAUGGUAGCAUCGAACUGGACCCUGUUAGGUACAAAGAAAAACUUAAACAAUAUAACCGUAGCUAUAAAACUUUUCCUCUGCCUUGAAUUCAGAUUUGCCGGAUUAACAUCAAAGAACAACAGCCAUGGCCCUUUAUUCCUCUCUUUGAAAACUGUUCUCGAGUUCCCUGUUUCUGACCAGAUGGAUCAAAACAACCUACUCAUCUUUGUCUUCGUCCUCGUCAUAGUUGAAAGGCAGCGGUACAGACUUGAACGCACGGUAUUUGCCUACAUUGUUCAAGUGCUCAUUUUCCA